CCUGACUUCCGGACUGUGCGUUCCACAUGCAGGAAGUGAGUUUUCAUCGACUGCUGCUGCCUCCCAGUGUCCGUGGAGAUCAGGCUCUUCCACAGAUACUGAGACAGUUCCACCGGAGGAGGAGUAUAUAGAGGAACACAGGGGUCUGUAUGAGGACGUGAUGAUGGAGAAUCACCGGCCCCUCACAUCACUGGGUAAGAGGAGACUGUCCUGUAUUGUACAGGGAAGAGCAGAUGGGCCCAGUAACAGAGAUACCCCAGAGAGAUGUCCCCGUCCUCUGUAUUCCCAGGACUGUACAGAGGAGAAUCACAGGAUCCCACAGGAGGAUCAGGUAGAACGUCUUUCUCGUAUAAAGGCAGAAGAUAUAGAGGAAGAAGAAGAAACGUAUGUGACUGAUAUUAAGGUAGAAGAUACAGAGGGAGAAGAAGAGACGUAUGUGACUUAUAUGAAGGCAGAAGAUACAGAGGGAGAAGAAGAGACAUAUGUGGCUGAUAUAAAGGCAGAAGAUAUAGAGGGAGAAGAAGAGACGUAUGUGACUGAUAUAAAGGCAGAAGAUAUAGAGGGAGAAGAAGAGACGUAUGUGACUGAUAUAAAGGCAGAAAGUAUAGAGGGAGAAGAAGAGACGUAUGUGAGGGGUGAUCAGCAGUGUAAGGAAGAGGAGAUCCCUACAGAUAUCAGCACAGCAGAUGGACACACAAGCAGGAAUAUCUCAGAAGGACAUCUAAUGUCAUCCCCGGAUUGUGACAUAAAAGAAAAUGACAGUAGACAGGAUUCUCCAGGAGAUAACCCCAUUACCCCAAUUAUACAUCCAGCUCUAUCAGCUGGUCCCUCUGAUCCUGGGAAAUGUUCUCCUGAUCACUCUGAUAUUGGUGCAUCUGUUACAGCUCUGACAGUAGAUACAGUGUUUCCGUGUUCUAUAGAUGCCAAAUGUUUUACACAGAACACAAAGCCUAUUAACCCACGCACAGGUAAGGCAGGUGAAAGGCCACUGAUAUGUUCAGAGUUUGGGAAAUGUUUUGCACACAAAUCAGAUCUUGUUACACAUCACAGAAGUCACACAGGUGAGAAGCCAUUUUCUUGCUCUGAGUGUGGGAAAAGUUUUACCUGGAAAUCCCACCUUGUUAUACAUCAGAGAAGUCACACAGGUGAGAAGCCUUUUCCAUGUUCUGAGUGUGGAAAAUGUUUUGCACACAAAUCAGGUCUUGUUAUACAUCACAGAAGUCACACAGGUGAGGAGCCAUAUCCAUGUUCUGAGUGUGGGAAAUGUUUUACCUGCAAAUCACAACUUGUUACACAUCAGCGAAGUCACACAGGUGAGAAGCCAUUUUCUUGCUCUGAGUGUGGUAAAUGUUGUGUAAGUAAAUCACAUAUUGUUAUACAUAACAGAAGUCACACAGGUGAGAAACCAUUUUCUUGUUCUGAGUGUGGGAAAUGUUUUACACGGAAAUCACAUCUUGUUACACAUCAGCAAAGUCACGCAGGUGAGAAGGCAUUUCCAUGUUCUGAGUGGGAAUUGUUUUGCAAACAAAUCAGAUCUUGUUAGACAUAACAGAAGUCACACAGGUGAGAAGCUGUUUUCCUGCUCUGAGUGUGGGAAAUGUUUUGUAAGUAAAUCACAUCUUGUUAUACAUCAGAGAAGUCAC